AUGCCCCCUGCAAGGCCAUACAACCAAUCUAUAAGGCCUCCUCUGCCUUUUAGAGCUUACAGUGGUUCCAGUGUCUUCUGUACAGAGGAAAAUGUCAUAGAGUGCAUGCAGUACAUCAGCAAAGAACUGUCAUCUCUGGGUUUGCCAUCGAUUUUCUAUGACUCAAAUAGAAAUCAAGAACUUGAUAUCAUUUUGAUCCUAAAUAACAUGUAUGAGCUUCUGCAGCUCCAUCACUUUGCUGUAGGAAGUAUAGAUGAACAUGAAGUGGUGCAGCUUAAGGACCAGCUUGAACUUUCUAAGAAUGAAAAUGGCAAGUUAUGUAAGCGAGAACAGCAGUUAGAAACUAAUAUAAAGGCUUUACAAAGAUGUUUGAAAAAAGAAAAAGAGGAGGUUCAGAAGCUUCAGAGCAUCAUUGCAAGCCGUGCCACGCAGUACAACCACAGUAUGAAGAGGAAAGAGAGAGAGUUCAGCAGGCUUAAAGAUCACCUCAAUCAGUUACUUACUGACAAGACGGACAUGAAACAGAGGAUGGAGAUGUUGAAUUAUGUUGAGGGGUCUGAUGGCAGGAGAGGUCAGUUGAAAACUGGAUGGACACAUUCAAGACAUGAAACUGAAGUGUGCAGGACUCUUCUGAAUGAGUUUGAUAAACGCCAGAGGGAGCUGAUGCUGGAAAAUUUUGAGUUGAAAAAAGUGCUCCAGCAAAUGAAACAGGAAAUGGUGGUCAUAUUAAGUCCAAAGAACCACACCAAAAGACAGGAGAAAUUCACUGAAUUCACUGAAUUCACAGGUCAGCAAAUAGCUGAUGAAGAGGAGACUUCUUUUAAGGGGACUUUGGAGAUGUCGUGUGAGCAUGCUCGCGAGAAGCUUACCAACAGCAUUCGGGAGCAGUGGAGAAAAUUGAAAUAUCAUAUGGAAAAUCUGGACAGCAAAGCAUUUGUUUUGCAGUUGGGAAAGGGGGUCGAUGAGGAGAUGAUCUCUAAGCAAGUACAUCAGGAAGAAACAGAGAGACUCAAAAUGGAGAUCCAGCAAUGCAUGGACUUUAUUCAGACUCAGCAGCAGCUCUUGCAGCAACAGCUAAAUACUCCAUGUGACGAGGAGACUGCAGCUGUCCUGAAUGACUGCUACAUGUUAGAAGAGAAGGAACGCUUGAAAGAGGAAUGGAGAACUUUUGAGGAGCAGAGGAAGAACUUUGAAAUGGAGAGGCGGAGUUUUACAGAGGCAGCCAUUAGAUUGGGGCAUGAGAGGAAAUUAUUUGAGGAAGAUCGUGCAACCUGGCUAAAACAUCAAUUUUUGAACAUGACGUUCACAGAGCAGAUGAGGACACAUAAUGUCAUAUCAGAAUAUUCUGGACAAGAACAGAAACACAUAUCAGCUCCCAAAACACCACUCUAGCACUGUGAGUAAAAGGCUAAUGAAAGCAUCCAGUGGGAUGUACUGCCUGCAGCUGAAAACUAGGAAGGUGUAUUCCAAGCCACCAAAGUUUAUAAUCACAAAUGGGAUGGUAUCUCACGGAUUCAUGUACCAUCGACUAGGGUGGCUUAAAAUACGUAUACAUUGUCGUGCUUUGCUAUGGUUUUGUAUGGUAUGGUUUUUGAUGCAGAAUCAUAGAAGACGUCUUAAGCUUCGUAAAGAAACACCUUUUUUGACUUACUGUUUAAAAUGCACCAUUGUUCUACAUGAUGUUA